AUGGGGAAGACCGUGCCAGUGAUAACAAAGUCUACCAUUUCCUUGGCUCUUGUUUCAUUCCUUUCUCAUCUUCUCAUUCUCUCGGCCGCCCAGCAUCCUGACGCUACUGUUUAUUCCAAUUGUUCAUUAGGCAAAGGAACCUACACAAACUCAAGUGUCUUCCACACCAACCUCAAUGCCCCUCUUUCUAAUGUCGCCUCCGACACAAAAAUUGACUAUGGCUUCUACAAUUCCUCUUACGGUGAAAACCCCAAUAGGGUGAACGCAAUUGGACUCUGCAGAGGAGAUGUGAAGCCUGAAACGUGCCGUAGUUGCCUCAAAAAUGCCACAAUGAUUCUCCCAAAGCAAUGUCCGAACCAGGUGGAGGCAUUUGGAUACUAUGACUUGUGCAUGUUUCGAUACUCAAAUCGUUCGAUCUUUGGGAUUUACCAAGAUCAUGACUUUUCCUACUCUUUUAACAACCCAGAAAAAGCACAAGAUGCAGAAAAGUACACCAAGGCUCUUGAUGAUCUAAUGGAAAGUCUAAAAAGCAUAGCCGCAGCUGGUGACUCUCAUGUUAAGGUGGCCGUGAGAAGUGCAAUAGCUGAUCAGAAUGAAACUGUAUUUGGUCUUGCCCAGUGCACGCCUGAUUUGUCUCAGCAAGAUUGUGAAGAUUGCUUAAGAAAGGCUAUCUCAGAUAUCCCAAUCUGUUGUCGGAACAGGAUUGGUGGUAGAGUUAUCAAAUUGAGCUGCAAUCUUCGAUUUGAAAAGGGCCAAUUCUAUGAUUCAAUACAAUUAUCUCCAAUUCCUCCUGCUCAUGCUCCGUCUAGCAGAAGAACUUCCUCACCACCUGCAGGAGUUUCUGAUUCACCAAAAGCCGCUGCUGAUUCGCCCAAAGCUUCCGAAGGAAAUAGCGACAGAACCUCAAGAAUGGUCGCUAUCGUGGCCGUGGGCCAACCUUAUGUUAAUCAAACCUGUUUCUAUGACAAAGGAACCUACACAGACAAAAGUGCCUAUCAUACCAACCUCAAAACCCUUCUUUCCAAUUUCACCUCCAACACAAAAGAUGACUAUGGCUUCUACAAUUCCUCGUACGGCCAAAACCCCGACACAGUUUACGCAUCUGGACUCUGCAGAGGAGACCUUACGCCAGAUGAUUGUCGUAGUUGCCUCAAUAAUUCUAUGAGUCUUCUCCCACAGAAAUGUCCAAAUCAGAAGGUGGCAUUUAUAUACCAUGACUCGUGCAGCUUUCAAUAUUCAAAUAGCUCAAUGUUUGGGAUAUAUCAGGACCCUGAUUUUUUCUACGCAAUUAAUAACCCAAGUGAUGUAGCAGAUGCAGACCAAUACACAGUUGCGCUUGAUCGGCUAAUGCAAGUUCUUAAGACCAAUGCUGCAGCUGGUGGCCCUUAUCGCAAGGUGGCUGCUGGAAACAACUCAACGCCGUUUCAAUAUGUAUAUGGUCUUGCUCAGUGCACGCCUGAUUUGACUGAGCAAAAUUGCGAGGCUUGCUUGGAAAAAGCGAUAUCAGAUAUCCCAUUUUGCUGUCAGAACAAGGUUGGAGGUAGGGUUAUCAAACGGAAUUGCAAUCUCAGAUUUGAGAAGAACCGGUUCUAUAAUCCUAAUUUUGUUCAUACAAUACAAGUAUCUGCAUCUCCUCCUCCUCCUCCUCCUACCACUACUCCGUCACAAGGAAAACACAAUAGAUCAAGAACCAUUAUUAUUAUCGUGGCCGUGGUGAUUGGUGCCUCCAUCGCCCUUCUCAUCUUGAUUUUCAUCUAUUUUGCUGUUAGGAAAUCGAAGAAAACCAUUGAAAGAUAUUCUUCGAUAUCUUUAACUGAAAUAAUGGAUGACGAAGACAUUAACCCGGCUGAUUCGUUGCAAUUUGACUUUGAAACCAUCAGACUUGCUACAGAUAACUUCUCUAUUGCAAAUAAACUUGGACAAGGAGGAUUUGGGCCAGUAUAUAAGGGUAGGCUCCGUAAUGGACAAGAAGUUGCUGUCAAAAGGUUGUCCAUGGAUUCAGGGCAAGGAGACUUAGAAUUAAAAAACGAAGUGUUGUUGAUGGCCAAACUUCAACACCGCAAUUUAGUAAGAUUAGUUGGUUUCUGUUUAGAAGGAACUGAAAGGCUACUCAUUUAUGAGUUUCUUCCCAAUAGAAGUCUUGAUUCCAUGUUAUUCGAUCCAAUUCAACAAACUCAUUUGCAUUGGGAAGUGCGUUACAAAAUUAUAGUCGGCAUUGCUCGUGGCAUUCUUUACCUACAUGAAGAUUCAAGAUUACGCAUUAUUCACCGUGACCUCAAAGCAAGUAAUAUUCUUCUAGAUAAAGAUCUAAAUCCGAAAAUAGCAGAUUUUGGCAUGGCAAGGCUAUUUACUUUAGAUCAAACUCAUAACACUACAAGCAAAGUUGUUGGAACUUAUGGAUACAUGGCACCAGAAUAUGCAAUACAUGGACAAAUAUCAACAAAAUUAGAUGUCUUUAGUUUUGGUAUACUGGCUCUUGAAAUUAUAAGUGGCCAAAAGAAUAAUAGCCUGAUUGAUGAGGAGGAUAUACAAGAUCUUUUAAGCUUUGUAUGGAAAAACUGGAGGGAAGGGACAGCCUCAAAUAUAGUAGAUCCCGUGAUCAGCAAUGGUUCAAGGGAUGAAAUAAUGAGAUGCAUUCACAUCGCAUUAUUGUGUGUUCAAGAAAACGUAGCAGAUAGGCCUACCAUGGCUUCUAUUGAACUUAUGCUAAAUAGCUACUCUUUGUCUCUCCCUUUACCUUCACGGCCUCCAUGCUUAAUGAAUUUUAGCAGCACGCUUGAGAUGCAAACCAGAGAGGAAGAUGAAGGAGAGGGAGUACAUUACUCUACUCAACAAGCAUAA